AAUGCUCAGAGAGUCAGAGGAAGGGUGAGGAGGAAGAGCAGAGGAGCAGCAGUGAGGCAUUUCUGAAGAUCACACUGGACUUCCUGAGGAGAAUGAAGCAGGACGAGCUGGCUGACCAUCUGCAGAGCAGAAGUCCAGCAGGAGUUUGUCGACGUAAACUCAAAUCUAACCUAAACAAGAAGUUCCAGUGUGUGUUUGAGGGGAUUGCUAAAGCAGGAAACCCAACCGUUCUGAAUCAGAUGUUCACAGAGAUCCACAUCACAAAGGAAGGGACUGCAGAGGUCAAUGAUGAACAUGAGCUCAGACAGAUUGAAACAGCAUCCAGGAAACAUGACACACCAAAAACAACAAUCAGACGUGAAGACAUCUUUAAACCCCCACCUGGAAGAGAUAAACCUAUCAGAACAGUGAUGACAAAGGGAGUGGCUGGCAUCGGGAAAACAGUCUUAACACAGAAGUUCACUCUGGACUGGGCUGAAGGCAAAACCAACCAGGACAUCCAGUUCACAUUUCCAUUCACCUUCAGAGAGCUGAAUGUGCUGAAAGAGAGAAAGUACAGCUUGGUGGAACUUGUUGAUUACUUCUUUAGUGAAAUCAAAGACGAAGGAAUCUGCAGGUUUGAAGAGGUCGUGUUCAUCUUUGACGGUCUGGAUGAGUGUCGACUUCCUCUGGACUUCCGCAACACUAAAAUCCUGACUGAUGUUACAAAGUCCACAUCAGUGGAUGUGCUGCUGACAAACCUCAUCAGGGGAAAUCUGCUUCCCUCUGCUCGCCUCUGGAUAACCACACGACCUGCAGCAGCCAAUCAGAUCCCUCCUGGGUGUGUUGACAUGGUAACAGAGGUCAGAGGGUUCACUGACCCACAGAAGGAGGAAUACUUCAGGAAGAGAUUCAGAGAUGAGGAGAAAGCCAGCAGAAUCAUCUCCCACAUCAAGACAUCACGAAGCCUCCACAUCAUGUGUCACAUCCCAGUCUUCUGCUGGAUCACUGCUACAGUUCUGAAGGACUUGUUGAAGACCAGAGAGGGAGGACAGCUGCCCACGACCCUGACUGAGAUGUACAUUUACUUCCUGGUGGUUCAGUCCAAACUGAAGAACAUCAAGUAUGAUGGAGGAGCCGAGACUGAUCCACCCUGGAGUCCAGAGACCAGGAAGAUGAUCGAGUCUCUGGGAAAACUGGCUUUUGAGCAGCUGCAGAAAGGCAACCUGAUCUUCUAUGAAUCAGACCUGACAGAGUGUGGCAUCGAUAUCAGAGCAGCCUCAGUGUACUCAGGAGUGUUCACACAGAUCUUUAAAGAGGAGAGAGGACUGUACCAGGACAAGGUGUUCAGCUUCAUCCAUCUGAGUGUUCACGAGUUUCUGGCUGCUCUUCAUGUCCAUCUGACAUUCACCAACUCUGGAGUCAACCUGCUGGCAGAAGAACAAACAACAUCAACAGGUUUCUACCGGAGUGCUGUGAACAAGGCCUUACAGAGUCCAAAUGGACACCUGGAGUUGUUCCUCCGCUUCCUCCUGGGUCUUUCACUGCAGACCAAUCAGACUCUCCUACGAGGCCUGGUGACAAAGACAGGACGUAGCUCACAGAUCAAUCAGAAGACAAUCAAGUACAUCAAGAAGAAAAUCGGUGAGAAUCUGUCUGCAGAGAGAAGCAUCAAUCUGUUCCACUGUCUGAAUGAACUGAAUGAUGAUUCUCUAGUGGAGGAGAUCCAACAGUCCCUGACAUCAGGAAGUCUCUCCACAGAUAAACUGUCUCCUGCUCAGUGGUCAGCUCUGGUCUUCAUCUUACUAUUAUCAGAAAAAGAUCUGGACGUGUUUGACCUGAAGAAAUACUCUGCUUCAGAGGAGGCUCUUCUGAGGCUGCUGCCAGUGGUCAAAGCCUCCAACAAAGCUCUACUAAGUGGCUGUGACCUGUCCGAGAGAAGCUGUGAAGCUCUAUCCUCAGUUCUCAGCUCCCAGUCCUCUAGUCUGAGAGAGCUGGACCUGAGUAACAACGAAGUGCAGGAUUCAGGUGUGAAGCAGCUGUCAGCUGGAGUGAAGAGUCCACACUGCACGCUGCAGACUCUCAGGUUUAGUGGCUGUAACGUGUCAGAGAGAAGCUGUGAAGAUCUGUCCUCAGUUCUCAGCUCCCAGUCCUCUAGUCUGAGAGAGUUGGACCUGAGUAACAACAACCUGCAGGAUUCAGGAGUGAAGCAGCUGUCGGCUGGACUGAAGAGUCCACACUGCACUCUGGAGACUCUCAGGUCAGAUCAAGUUACUGUUUCUCUACUGAGUGACUGUAAGCUGUCAGAGAGAAGCUGUAAAGCUCUGUCCUCAGUUCUCAGCUCCCAGUCCUCUAGUCUGAGAGAGCUGGAUCUGACUAACAACGACCUGCAGGAUUCAGGAGCGGAGCUGAUCUAUGAUGGACUGAACAGUCCACACUGCAGGCUGGAGACUCUCAGUCUGUCAGGCUGUCUGAUCUCAGAGGAAGGCUGUUCUUCUCUGGUCUCAGCUCUGAGCUCCAAACCCUCCCAUCUGAGAGAGCUGGACCUGAGCUACAAUCAUCCAGGAGACUCAGGAGUGAAGCUACUGUCAGCGGGACUGAAGGAUCCAAACUGGAGACUGGACACUCUCAGGGUGGAGCCUGCUGGAGUCAGAUGGUUGACACCAGGUCUGAGGAAGUAUUCCUGUGAACUCACAGUCGACACAAACACAAUGCACAGAGAACUCAAACUGUCUGACUACAACAGGAUGGUGACACGUGUAGAGGAGGAGGAGGAGCAGCCAUAUCCUGAUCAUCCAGAGAGGUUUGACUCCUGGCAUCUGCUGCUGUGUAGAGAUGGUCUGACUGGUCGCUGUUACUGGGAGGUCGAGGUGAGAGGAGAGGUUGGUGUAGCAGUGACUUACAGAGAAAUCAGGAGGAAAGGAGACUUUAACGACUGUGUGUUUGGAUAUAAUGAUCAGUCCUGGAUUCUGGAGUGCUCUGAUCGUGGUUACACUGUCCGGCACAAUAACAGAGGAACAACCAUCUCCUCCUCCUCUGUCUCUGGUAGAGUAGCAGUGUAUGUGGACUGUCCUGCUGGCUCUCUGUCCUUCUACAGAGUCUCCUCAGACUCACUGAUCCACCUCCACACCUUCAACACCACAUUCACUCAGCCUCUCUAUCCUGGGUUCGCAUUCUGGUCUGGUCCUGGUGACUCAGUGUCUCUGUAGGACAGAGAGUCUCCUCCUGUUUCUCACUGCUCUGCCCUACAAAGGCAAAAGACCUUAACUCGCCAGAGUGUGAAACUGAGAAAAAUGACUUUAAAGUUAUGUCAAUGUCCUGACAAUUGAGUUAUAGGUAUAAUAUUGAAAUUUUCACUUUUUGUAGUGUAUACCUGUAUUAAUCUAUCUACAAAAAUUUUUUAACUCAAAUUUGACCCUUUUUCGGAAGUUACUGUAUUCUGCCUUAGCAUUGCCCACAAAAUCGGUCAUACCAAGGCAAAAGACCUUAACUUCUAUUUUAUAGCACAAUGUUAUGAUAACAAUGAUACAUUUUACAUAAAAUGUAAGCAAUAUUAAUCCUAUUGCACUCACUAUGAUAAAAAUGGCUUCACAUUUAUCAACAUCAUAUGAAAAUUAUAUAUCAAUACGUUUUUUUCUGUAUUUCAUACUCAUACUACCACAUAGGCAGUCUCAUGAUUGAUUCACACACUUGGACAGACAGAAUUAAGCAUGAGUGUUUUGAUGUUUUAAGCAUAUAAAGCAUGUUCUUCGUUUGGAUAUGAGACACUAAUUUAGACUCAUUGCAAGAAUGAAGACGUGAACAUAAAGAUGCCGUCAUUCACGUGCAUAUUAAGUAGCCACGUUGGUUUGUUUUGAUCUUAUAAUACAUUCAUAGAUGCUCUGCAGAGAGAAUGGUUAGUUUAACCAGAAGUUAACUUCACAAGAAUUUGUCCACAUUUCAAGAUUUGUGGCAAACUAAGAUAAACAGUUAGACUACAAACCGACAGCUUUUGUUUUAGCUUGUUUUUCAAAAUUCGCUAUUUAGAGUACAGAACAGCUGUGUCUGUGUAAACAGCGCGGUGGACGAGAGUGGACUGCCCAGACAGAGAUUUAAAUAUAUCGCUUCCUACAUGUGUGCCUGUAGACAGGUGAGUGGGUAUUGAUACGCAUUUACGUUUAGGUUUUAUUGUAGCCUACUUACAGUAACGAGCAUAGCGAUAUUUUUCCCAGUCAGGUACAUGUGCUGCGCGUCGCUGUGUGUGUGUGUGUGUGUGUGUGUGUGUGUGUAGCGUGUAGCGCGGGCAGCGCAUUUACAGAGUACCUUAACUAAAUUUGAACAUUCUGAAGCGCCAUGAAACUAAGACAAAGAACCGUAACUGAUGUUACGGUAUUCUGCCUUGGCUUCUCUACGGCUUUUGAAGUUACGGCAAAGACAACACACAAUUUUCUCCCCAAAACAAUAAAAUUGACUCAAGAUAUUUGUCCACAUGAUAAAGCAGAUCUUUAAUAUUCCAAAAAUGACAAUAACUCAUUUU